AUGGCUGCUCUACCGAUCACGAUCGCUGCAAGUACACCUCAUACGCAAGAACGUCAUCCCUCAACUUUCACAAACUCGACCCCACGCCGUACCAGCCAGCACUCCCAGCACUCCCUCAUUGCCAAAAACGUGCUCAUGAGCAAGCUCUCGACUUUCGAAAACGCUAAUCUCGACGGCGAACCCCCGCGUCCCGCAUCUGCGCUGCCCACGCUGUCCAGCACGGACAAGACAAAACCUCCUCCACCCAAAAAUGCGGCCGAAGAGGGCAGUCUGAAGCCCCUGCCGUACGUACAAGCCCAUCAUGGACCGCGCCCGGCAUUGGCACCAUUCUCUAAAGAUGGUGUUGGUGCCGCUUUGAGUGACACACCCGCGCCAUCGCAACCAGGUAGCCCGCGAAUGUCUGUCUCACCCUGCGCAACUACUUAUAUGUGUCACUCAACUGACGGAAACAGGCUCGCUGCCAUGCGCAUGACCUCCGGUGGCUCGACACCUCGCAUACGUCCUACAACGCUAGACAUCCCCGGUUUGACCAAGUCGAAGGUUUCCCCGGACGGCAAGAUUGCUCAGCGAGAUGUUGGAUCAAAGCUCGUCAUCGUUAUGGUCGGCCUCCCAGCACGAGGCAAGAGCUACAUAACGAAGAAAAUGGCACGCUACUUGAAUUGGCUGCAGCACGACACCAGAAUUUUCAACGUUGGUGAAAAGCGCCGUGUGGCAGCGAGCGGUCACGGCAUGCGCCUAUCAUCCGCGGGGCUCGAAAGAAUUCCCUCCGGCCUUAGGCAAGCCGUUGAGAACGGAGAUACGCUGCCCCAGAUAGCCGCUAAAAUUCUGAUCAACGGCGAAUCCUCGGGUGGUUCAUACUCUCCACUCAACUUGCCGAGUCCUGCCGGCGAACGCAGCGAGUCAGCUGUAGUAGACGAUGAUUCGCAGGAAAAGACAUUGUCGCCAGCAAAGACCCCGUCUCCAGCCAAGACACCGCGCGUUGAAGUAUCCUCACCAGGACCAGAAGCACCUACACCUGCGGAAGGAGAGGAGAACAAGGAAGAUGAAACCGAUCCAAUGGACCAGUCUGCGAGCUUCUUCGACCCUGCCAAUAAGAAGGCAGCUCAAAUUCGCGAGCAAUGCGCCAUGGAAACACUGGACGACCUCCUCGACUGGGUGGUAAAAGGGAGUGGCUCGGUUGGUAUAUUCGAUGCUACGAACAGCACUCUGCCACGCCGAAAACAAAUCAUGAAAAAGAUUCGUGAGAGAGCUGGAGAUGAAUUAAACGUGCUUUUUGUGGAAUCGGUGUGCCAGGACAAAAAUCUGCUCGAAUCGAACAUGCGCCUAAAGCUAUCUGGUCCAGACUAUGAAGGCAAAGAUCCAGUCGCUGCGCUGGAAGAUUUCAAGAAGCGUGUAGCCAUCUACGAGAAGAAUUACGUACCCUUAGGUGAUUACGAGGAGGAUCACAACAUGUCGUAUGUCAAGAUGAUUGACGUGGGUCGCAAGAUGAUCUCGCAUCAAGUCAAGGGGUUUCUCGCAGGACAAGCAGUAUAUUAUCUACUCAACUUCAAUUUGGCGCCGCGCAUGAUCUGGAUCACUCGACAUGGCGAGUCGAUGGACAAUGUUGCCGGAAAGAUUGGAGGUGACUCUGAUCUAAGCGCCAACGGAGAGAAGUACGCCAAGGCAAUGACACGCUUCAUCGACAAGCAACGGAAAGAAUGGGAAAUUCAUCGUGCUGACAAGAUCGCGCACACACAUUGGCCUCCGGUAGCAGGAGAUCACACACCGCCUAAUCCCUAUUUUGGAAGCGAUACUGAGCUGAAGAACUUUUGUGUGUGGAGCAGUAUGCUCAAGCGGAGUGUACAAUCAGCUCAAUAUUUCUGCGACGAGGAAUACGAAGUCAAGCAGAUGCGUAUGCUUGACGAGCUGAACGCCGGUUUUAUGGAAGGCCUCACCUACGAAGAGAUACGAACAAAGCACAAGGAGGAGUACGAACGCCGUCGAGCGGACAAGAUUUCCUACCGUUACCCUGGUCCCGGCGGCGAAGGCUACCUCGAUGUCAUCAACCGAAUUCGUCCUGUUAUCGUCGAGCUUGAGCGUAUGACUGAUCACUGCCUACUGGUCACCCAUCGGUCGGUUGCUCGCGUUCUGCUAGCCUACUUUCGGGGUUUGAAGCGCGAAGACGUGGCAGACCUUGACUGUCCGCUUGGGAUGCUCUACCAGCUGGAGCCUAAGCCCUACGGCGUGGAAUUCAAGGCCUGGCGGUACAACCCGGAUACGGAUGAUUUCGACCACCUUCCAGACUACAAGCUUCGACGCGCGAAUGCGCCCGCCAUUGAGAUCUAA